CUCAUUCGUUUUCACACUCUCAUAUAUAUAAAAAUAUUAGACGCCGAAGAAAAUCCCAAGCAUAACCAAACAAAAGCUGGAGAAUUUCCCACUUAAUUAGCUCUUUGAUUCUGAAUCGGAGAUGGAGGUGAAGCGCCGGACGGUGCGGACCCUAGUGGCGAGGCUCAGCUCGGUCUCGGAGCAGACCCGAGCCGAGGCCCUGAGCGAGCUGCGACUCAUGACCAAGCACGAUCCCGACAUCCGCCCGCUAAUCGCCGAAGCCGACGCGAUCCCGUACCUCGCAGAGACCCUCUACUCCUCCGCACACACCGCGCAAGAAGACGCCGCCGCGACGCUGCUCAACCUCUCGAUCACCUCGCGAAGUGCGCUCAUGUCAACGCGCGGGCUACUCGACGCGCUUUCCCACGCGCUCUCUCGCCACGCCACGACCUCGUCCCCCUCCGCCGUCCAGUCCUCCGCCGCCACGCUCCAUAGCCUCCUCGUCGAGGAUUCCUACCGGCCCAUCAUCGGAUCCAAGCGCGACAUCGUCUACGCGCUACUCGACGUAAUAAAGAACCCCAACUCCGCUACGAGAUCCAUCAAGGACGCGCUCAAGGCCCUGUUUGGGAUCGCGCUCUACCAGCCCAACCGCAAGACGGUGGUAGAGCUGGGCGGGGUGGGGCCCCUGUUCGGUUUAAUCCACAGAGUCUCGCUCGCCGGGAUAGUGGAGGACGCGACCGCCGUAAUAGCGCAGGUGGCGGGAUGCGAGGAGAGCGAGGAGGCGUUUAGGAAGAUUUCCGGGAUUGGGGUUUUGGUGGAGUUGGUGGAUGGGGCGGCGGGGGAGAGCAUGAGGGUGAGGGAGAACGCGGUGGCGGCGAUACUGAAUUUGGUGCGGUUCGGCGGGGAGACGGUGGGGAGGGAGGUCUGGGAGAUGGGUAUGAGGAUGGUGGAUGGGGUGGCGGAUGUGGCGGAGAGCGGGAGUGUGAAGGGCAAGGGCAAGGCGGUGGAGUUGUUGAAGGUGCUGUAUAGCGGCGGAAAUGGGUGUUUUUUGGGGGACGACCUGUCGGAGUCGGAGUUGAAGCCAAGGGAGAUGAGUGCAUGACAUGAUUUUUAUUUUGGAGUUUGUAUUGAUUGCAUGUUUGGAUUAAUAUUAUUUUGUUCUGAUUUCAUUCGUUGUUUAGAUUUAGUUAGAUCGAUGAAUCUGAGAAGUGGGUUUCAUGGAUGUACAGAUUGAUCCUUAUUUAUGGUUUGAUGUAAAUGAAGUAAUGGGUAACACAGCUACUUACUGAUC